AGCCGCCAAAGCUCCGCUGUGGCGUCAGUCCCUCUGAAGCGAAGACGCCGACAUGUCCACGAGUGGAUUGGAGCCUGCAGCUCACAGCCCGCUGCUGUCCUCCAGCUUCUGUUUCAGUCCCUGCUCGUGUGUUUGUGGGAAGGGCUGGUCUGCAGCCGUGUGGAACGGCCUCCCCGACCCAUUGCUGACCUCAUCAGGUUGCUCUGCCCCUGAACCGUGGCUCCUCCCCGGCUGCAGCUCAGUGUACGACAGCUUGGUCAGUAACGUGUCACCGAUGCCGUCACCUCCCACCACUGGUGGCCUCCGAGGACGAGAGCGAGGGGCAGGCAGCAAACCUCGCAGGCCGUCCAUCCUGGAGCGCUGCAUCCUUAAAGUUUCCACCAGCAGCGUGGCCGUGGGGACGGAUGAAGUGGACAACAAGAGGCCUCCGUUCGGCCGCUGCUACCCCCGCCUGCCAGAUCCGGCCAACACUGAGACAAAUGCAGCGGUUCUGAAACGACGGCAGAAACAGAUCCAGUACGGGAAGAACACCAGUGGAUACCAGAACUACCUGCAGCAAGUUCCCAGACAACUCAGGGAUCCCAAGGUCCAUCCAUCCACCCCCAACAAGUACAGGAAGUACAGCCGGCGGUCUUGGGACAUGCAGGUGCGUCUGUGGAGGCGAGCGCUGCAUCUGUGGGACCCCCCAACCAGCAGCCAUCCAGACAUCGACACCCCUGACCCAGUGGAGCAGCUGCAGAGCCAGCUGGCGAAGAUGACCUCGGACCUGUGCGAGGAUGGAGGAAGAAAUGAGCAGAGAGAGAACGAGGCUCCUGCCGCCUCUAACGCCUCCAUAUCUCCAACGGCCGUCUCGUCAGAGGGAAAACCCGGAGCCUGGAACAUCCCGCUGUCGCCGUGCCUGGAAAGGAGCCGCAGGCCUCUUCGUUCUCCACCUGGCCUCAGCCACGCCCGCAGGAGUCAGCGCCUCCCUGAUGAUGAUGUGAACGAUUGGCUCCGCCUCCUGAUGGAGACUGACCACGCUCCAGACUUGGGCUCUGAUGACCAGCAGGUUCCCGUGUUCUCCGACCCGCUCUUCUGGAAUCCAUACUGAAGAUCUGGAUGACAGCCGACCCGUCUUUGCGGAGGAACCUUGAUAUGACCUCGUGUUGAUCCUGACCGUUUUGGAGGUGUUUGUUUCCGGCCUCGGCCUGCUUGUCCUUUUUAAAGAUGGCUGCAGAUGGACUUCUCUGGCUACACGCAUGUGGUCGUCUGAUCUGAGCCCAGUUUUCCUGGAGGUGGGAGGAGUCUGGGACGGCUGAACACGAGGACCUGAGCCGUUUGCACCUUGUCUUUUGUUUUUAUGUUGAACUGACGCACCCGUCACCUUCACAAAGUUUGUCCCUCACCAACGACUGCGCCGCCAGCGGCCCGUCCUUCUAUCCUGUUUGUCACCCUGUUCUCAUCUUUGGUCCACCUUUGCCCUGUCCGUCUGGAUCAGGCUCUUCCUUGUGUCCGUGUUUUUUCUCAAAAACAAUGUUCCUGA